AUAACUGGGGACAUUUACGGAACAAUCAGGGAUGGCGGGAUGCAACAUGAAAAGCGGGAUUGUGACAGUUGUGGGGUGUGCGUUUCCUACACAGACAACCGAAUCUCACACUUGUGUGACUACUACACCGUAUUCUGUCCUUCCUCGUUACUCCCCAAGCGGUUACGUGCCGCGUCACUGCGCUUCUAGCCUCAGUAGUCGUGACGUGAGGAAAGUGUGGGAGUGCUGGCCUGCUGCAGGAGCCGAGAAGCUGCAGGAUUUAAAGAGCGGAAGUGCGGGCUGUGUUAUGACAAGCGGAGCUGUAGGUGACACUGUAACGUGACAACUUGUAUUUGUGUCAGUCUGUAACAACCUCUACCAGCAUAACGUUGCACUAAUGGAAGCCCAAAGCAUUACCAAGUCAGUUUCUCGAAAGAGAAGAAAAGACAAUGUCGGACCUAAUGGGACAACGGAUGAAGACCCAGUUCCAGUAAAGGUUCCCCGCCACACAAUGCAGGGAGUGAGCGAGCCUGCACCAUUUUCUGAUGAGCUGAAGGUGGACCGCAGUAAGCCCUACAGAAGAGUGUCAAUGCAAGAGGCAAAAUUAGGAACCCCAUUGGAACGACCUGUGAGAGUUUAUGCUGAUGGAAUAUUUGAUCUGUUCCACUCUGGCCAUGCACGAGCUUUAAUGCAAGCAAAGAAUCUCUUUCCCAACACACACUUGAUUGUAGGAGUCUGCAGUGAUGAACUUACACACAACUUGAAAGGCUUCACGGUGAUGAAUGAGGCAGAAAGAUAUGAUGCAGUCCAACACUGCCGCUAUGUGGAUGAGGUGGUGAGAAAUGCACCAUGGACACUUACCCCAGAGUUCCUGCAGAAACAUAGGAUUGAUUUUGUAGCACAUGAUGAUAUCCCAUACUCUUCUGCAGGAAGUGAUGAUGUUUAUAAGCACAUUAAAGAAGCAGGGAUGUUUGCUCCCACACAGCGGACAGAAGGAAUCUCCACCUCUGACAUUAUCACAAGAAUUGUGAGGGAUUAUGAUGUUUAUGUACGUCGCAAUUUACAGCGUGGAUACACGGCCAAGGAGCUUAAUGUCAGCUUUAUCAAUGAGAAACGCUUUAAUCUGCAAGAACGUGUGGAUAAAGUGAAAAAGAAAGUUAAAGAUGUGGAGGAGAAGUCCAAAGAAUUUGUGCAGAAGGUGGAAGAGAAGAGUAUUGAUAUGAUUCAAAAGUGGGAGGAGAAAUCACGAGAGUUCAUUGGAAACUUUUUAGAGAUGUUUGGCCCAGAGGGAGCUUUGAAGCACAUGCUGAAGGAAGGCAAAGGGAGAAUGCUUCAGGCUAUCAGUCCAAAGCAAAGCCCUAGCAGUAGCCCCACUCGUGAGCGCUCUCCCUCCCCAUCGUUUCGCUGGCCAUUUUCCGCCAAAAUCUCUCCCCCUGCAUCUCCUGGAAGGCACUCUCGGCCCACUGCUGCCACUUAUGAUAUCAGUGAAGAUGAAGAGGAUUAAAAAGCCUCCCAAUUCUCUCCCAAAACCAAAUCUUUCCAAUCAGCUGCUAAUGCCCAAACUCCAGAGAAGCAGCCACUCCUUGAGGGAACGAGGGCCCAGUGUGGGCCACAGAGAUUUCCAGUGCCAAGCUGGAGAGUGUGCAGAAAGGCAGAGUUAGCGGGAGUGGUUAAAACGCGUCACAUUAGCUUUUUUUCCUCCCUUUAUUUUUAUGGGGUUUUUUUUAAUGGAACUUAGGUCCUUUUUUAAUGAACUAUUUAUCUAAGAUAUUCGUAUCUUUCCUUGUCAUUGAUUUUUGUUUUCUGUUUCCUGGAGGUUUUCUCACCAUGGAUUCAUAAUAAUCUCCUCUAACCAUGAGUCGUUUCUCAUCCCUCUACAUGGUUUCUACUGUGAACUCCCACAUUCCAGGAUGGUUCAAGCUUCUUAUGUUGUCAAAGCAGAUUUUGCAAGUCUGACAAUAAACACUAGAAUGGGAGUAGUGACCAGCGGAAGCUGUUCUUGGAAUGAAAGCAGUCACUGAGAGCCAUUUCUGAUAGAAAGUGCCUGGUAUCCGAAUUUUGGUGCAAAUCCUGCAUGAUUACCUUAUGGACUGUGUGGGCACCGACCUGGUUAAUCAACAAAUCUUAAAUGACAGAUUUCCUAGCUAAUGGGCUAUGUUUACAAAUCGCUUCUCAUACUGGAAUAUUAUCAGAGAUUUCCUCUUGACUGUCAUGGAGAUUACAGAGUACAAUACCACUGAAAUAUUUUUGUUGUUGUUUAAAUGUAUUAAAUAUGUCUGCCUCCA